CCCAAAUAUUUUUAAAUAUAGUAUAUUUUUGACAAAUGCUCAUGAAAAACAGACAACUAUUUAAAAUUGAAAUUGUAUCCUUGGCGCGCCAAAACAAUUACUUUAAUAAACUUCUCAAGCAAAAACCAAUGGCAAAACAGAAAGCAGUUGAUCAAUGACUAACCUCAUUAACAAACUCGUCUCCUAUUUACCAAAACAAUUUAAUCAAUCCUUUAACUCAAUUCAACAGCUCGAAACCCAGAUUUUCAACUCGCUCAGUUCUUGCUCCAAUCUCUCUCAGAUCGAACAAGUUCACGCCCAUAUUCUCUUCCAUGGAUUUGCCCAAAACUCGUAUAUUAUCACUAAGCUUGUCCGUAAACUUACUGCUCUCAAUAUCCCCAUGGACCCUUAUCCUCGGUCUAUUUUUAACCGGGUUAUAGUUCCUAACCCGUUUCUUUAUUCUGCUGUGAUCAGAGGCUAUUCAAUGCAAGGGUUGUUAACUGAGUCGGUUAAAGUUUAUAGUUUAAUGAGAAUUGAUAAUGUUAGGCCGGUUUCUUUUACGUUUACUGCAAUUUUUAAGGGGUGUAUUGCGGUUCUUGAUUUAGGUUUAGCGAGACAAAUGCAUGGGCAGUGUGUUUUGAUUGGUGGGGUUGGGUUUGAUUUGUUUGUUGGUAAUAGUUUGAUUGAUUUAUAUGUGAAAUGCGGGGUUUUGGAAUGUGCACGUAAGCUGUUUGAUGAAAUGCCUGUGAAGGAUAUUAUUUCUUGGACGGAGAUAAUUGUGGCUUAUGCUAAAAUUGGGGAUAUGGAUUCUGCUCGUGAGUUGUUUGAUGGGUUGAUUGUGAAGGAUAUGGUGGUUUGGACUGCUAUGGUUACUGGUUUUUCGCAGAAUGCUAAGCCCAAAGAGGCGAUUCGGUUUUUUGAGAGAAUGCAAGAGGCUGGUGUUGAAGUUGACGAGGUUACUUUGAUUGGCGUUAUUUCGGCUUGUGCGCAAUUGGGUGCAGCGGAGUAUGCUUUUUGGGUUCACCAUAUUGCUGAGAGUAUACAUGGGUAUUUCACGGGUUAUAGUGUUGUCUUGGGAUCAGCAUUGAUUGAUAUGUAUUCGAAGUGUGGGAUUGUUGAUUAUGCUUAUGCAGUUUUUGAAGGAUUGAAGGAUAAGAAUGUGUUUUCUUAUAGCUCAAUGAUAAAGGGUUUUGCUAUGCAUGGACAUGCUGUUGCUGCGAUUAAUUUGUUUAAUGAAAUGGUGAAAACUGAGGUAAAGCCGAAUGAGGUUACAUUAAUUGGAGUGCUUACGGCCUGCGUUCAUGCACGUAUGGUGGAAGAAGGUUUGGACAUAUUUAGGUCAAUGGAAAAUCAUUUUGGCGUUAAACCAUCGUAUAAAAUUUAUACUUGUGUAGUGGAUUUGCUUGGACGAGCUGGUCGUUUGAAUGAAGCAAUGGAACUUAUUAAAACAAUGCCAGUUGAACCCCAAGCAGAAGUUUGGGGUGCACUGCUUGGAGCUUGCCGUGUCUAUAGAAACCCUGACAUGGCUACAACGGCUGCUAGACAUUUGUUUGAGCUUGAACCUAGUAGUAUCGGAAAUUAUGUCAUUCUUUCUAACAUAUAUGCAUCUGCUGGAAGGUGGCAGGAUGUCUCAUGGGUAAGGAAGUUGAUGAGAGAGAAAGGUUUGAAGAAGAAUCCUGGAUGUAGCUGGAUUGAGACCAAAAAAGGAGUAAUUCACGAAUUCUUUUCAGGCGAUAUGACUCAUUUUAUGUCUACUGAAAUUAAGCAAGUGUUGAUGAAUCUUCUGGAUAGAUUGCAAGCUAAUGGAUACCAGCCGAAUCUAAGCUCUUUACCUUAUGAUUUGAGUGAUGAAGAAAAAAGACGUAUAUUAAUGACUCAUAGUGAAAAAUUGACUUUGGCCUUUGCAUUGAUCAGUUUGGAUCCUGGUUGUACUGUAAGGAUUAUGAAGAACUUGCGGAUCUGCGAGGAUUGCCACUUAUUUAUGUGCGGUGCAUCCAAAAUUGUAGGGAGGGAGAUUGUUGUGAGGGAUAACAUGAUAUUCCAUCAUUUCCGCGGGGGAACAUGCUCCUGUGGUAAUUUUUGGUGAUUGAAGUUAGGAAUUAAAUGUUGUUUGAGAUCACAUAUAAUUACAUGAUGGUCAGUUCCAGUGUGAUAACCAGGCAUCGGUGCACAUACUUUGUGCCGCGAAAUUCUAUUAAUCCAUGCAAAUGGUUCCACUGCGUACCAAUUUUGCAUAGAUGAUAUGUUUUUUACAGAGUUGGAGGCACUUCAAUCCUCAAAUUUGUUACCUGGUACUAAAGACAUGGCAUGAUGCAAGUCAUACGAGUGCAAGUUUUGCAUAUUCUACUAUUUAGCAAUGAAGCCGAGAACCAAACCAGGAUAUCAAAUGAAGCAUGAAGAGCACGUGAUGGCUUCAUCUUGGCUCCAAACUGGCAAAAAUGUCUGCACAAAGAAUUGGAUGCCUUUGAGAAAGGAUGUCUUUCGGUUAGCUGAAAACUGCAUACUUACCUUUGCAACUUCUAUAAUUCCAAACUCUACUUUUUUCUUAUAAUUAUUAACCAAGCUGAAUAUCCUGAUUUCAUUUUAUUCUAUAACUUGUUUCAGUUGCCUUGUUAUCUCUUCAUAGAGCUAGGAUGUGCAAAAUCAAACCAAACUGAAUAAACAAACCAAAAUUUUCAGCUCAGUUUGGUUUGAAAUUGUAUAAUAUUUGGUGUUUACGGUUUGGUUUAGUUUUGAAAGUAAACGAGCUGAUCAUGUUAUUGAAUAUGAGAUAGAGGCCGUGCUAGGUUCAUCUAGACUAACGAACAAGCUCGAGUCGUGCUUUCAUUGAGCUGAAAACGAACUCGUUUACAGUUUACCUAAGAAAUAAAGGAGCAUGUCGGUUUAUUCAUCAGGUGGAACCUAAGAACCCAUCACCUUUCCGAUAUUCGGCAGUGGAAGGUAUUUUCUAUUAACUAAAUUAAACACACAGUCAUGUGAAGUUUCUUUAUUUCAAAGCAUCAAAUCCUACUAAGUUUGUUCAAAAUCAGCUGUUCUGCUGUUUCUGCCUACUGCAAUUGGCAUUUCUGGCUUAUCUUAUGUACUGACAUUAGGUUGGUUAGUGAUUAAAAUAAUUGAGUUUAACCGUUUUAAGCAGUUUGUAGAUUCUUUACAGCAGGCAAAAUGGUUGAAAACUAUAAGAUGCGGCGGUCCAAUUUAUAUUCUAUACAAAAUCUGCAGAUUCUUGACGCUUAUUUGACAGUUUGCUAUGAUAUAGAAUUGUUGAUUUUUGUUUGUUUCUUAGUUAUUCGUUGUUUACUGAGCCGGAAGAGACGAAGAUGACACUCACUAAUGGACAUUUCUUCUGUAUAUGAUAACCAAUUUUAACUAACAAUGAGAUUUGACAAAAUUGAUGUCUAAUGUCCUUAAACCUUUGAU